GGAAACUGCUGAAAAACAUAAAGGAGCGCUGGAAGAUGCUGCGAUAGUAUUGAUACAGGGUGAGGUUUCACAGAAAGGAAACAAGAGAAUGUUUGAGCUUGCCAAAAGCCAUGGAGUGAAAACAUUCUUCAAUCCUGCUCCGGGGGAUCCAAACAUGGACAAAUCAAUAUUACCAUUGACUGAUAUCAUUUGUACGAAUGAAAGUGAGGCAGAAUGUAUAACGGGUAUCAAACAGAACAAUUUGGAUGAUGCCAGGAGAGCAGCAGCCCAAAUGAUUACAAUGGGACCAAAAUAUGCAAUUGUCACUUUGGGAGCACAAGGUUGUGUUCUUGCUUCACAAGGUCGGGAGGUUGAACAUAUUCCAGCGAGAGAGGUGACAGCUGUCGAUACAACGGGAGCUGGUGACUGCUUUUGUGGCUCGUUCAUUUACUUCUUGAUUAAUGCAAAAUGUUCCGUACGUGAUGCUAUGGAAAAAGCAGCCAAUAUCGCCGCUUUAUCCGUUCAGCGGAAGGGCACUCAAGCUUCGUUCUGGACUCGGAAGGAGAUAGGAGAGACAUAUCCAGAACUUUUAAAAUGAAUCUUCACGAGAUGUUCACAGUUGUUCUAGGAAGUAGGAUGUGCAUUUAAGGUUGUAGGGUUUAGUAGCAGUAUAAAACGAAAUUUUUGAGUACAUGUAACUUUGCUGCUCUUCCUUAUCUAGGUAUGGGUUAAGAAACUUGUAUGGGUCUCCGUGAAUAGCUUCUCAAUGUCCAACCGCUAUGCAAAUCUUGAAUUGUAUGCUCAUCGAAAUGAAGAAUUCUAACUGAGGG